AUGAGCGAUUCAAAUAUAAGGUACUUCUCAACAAGAGGAGGAGGGGGUGAGGAGACCCUGGGAUUUGAGGAAGUCGUAUUCGGCGGCUUGGCACCGGACGGUGGACUCUACGUCCCCACAUCGCUACCUACAUUCCCCAAUGACUGGCAGACGACAUGGGCAGACUACGACUUCAAACAAUUGGCGUUUGAGGUCAUGUCAAGAUUCAUUCCUUCCUCCUGUAUCCCCCACGCAGACCUUCAAUCUCUCAUCGACAGCUCUUACUCGACUUUUAAGACACCUCUCGUUACACCCCUACGUCAAGUCGGGGAUUCCACCUGGGUGCUCGAGCUUUUCCAUGGACCGACACUCGCAUUCAAGGAUGUGGCUCUACAAUUCCUCGGUAACCUCUUCUCCUACUUUCUGUCCCGACGCAACAAGGAUGCCCCGACGCCUGAACACUUGACCGUCCUCGGUGCCACCUCUGGAGACACUGGGAGUGCUGCUAUCUAUGGCCUACGUGGGAAGCCUCACAUCUCUUGCUUCAUCCUCUAUCCUGAAGGCCGAGUAUCACCGAUACAACAGGCGCAAAUGACGACUGUGGAGGACAAGAACAUCUUCUGUGUCUCUGUUGCCAACAGUGAUUUUGAUGCGUGUCAAACGGUCGUCAAGACAUUAUUCUCUGAUAACGAUUUCAACAACAAACAUCGUCUGGGUGCGGUCAACUCGAUAAAUUUUGCACGUAUAUUAGCUCAGAUCACGUACUACGUGUCUGCGGUCCUCCAGUUGCCAAAGGAGAAACGGGACAAUGUCAAAUUUGUGGUUCCCAGCGGUAACUUUGGAGAUGCUCUGGCGGGAUGGUACGCCUCAAAACUCAUGCGGUUGCCCUCGGUCAAAAUGGUCAUCGCCACAAAUGAGAACGACACAGUAGCUCAAGCGUUGAAGACUGGGCGGUAUGGACGAGGGGGUCUGGAUCUCUCCGAGCAGGCAAACGAGACUGCCGUGGUCAAUGGAUCGAGCGAUGGCAAGCAAUCCAGCAAGGUCAAGGCAACACACUCUCCCGCCAUGGAUAUUUUGCUCAGUUCGAACUUUGAGCGAUUGUUAUUCUAUCUAGCUCAAGAGACGGGUGACGGAUCCAGAGCAGGAGCGCAGGCUACUCUCCGCGGUUGGAUGGACGAGUUGAAGAGGAACGGCACAGUGGACCUGGGCAACGCGGUCAAGGAGGCCGCUUCGAAAGACUUUGUCGCAGAAGCCGUGUCUGAUGACGAGACUUUGGAGGAGAUCCGACAGUACUACAAGCUGGAAAAGUAUGGACCGUACGUUGUGGACCCACAUACAGCCGUUGGUCUGUAUGGUCUCCGGUCACAGCAGAAGACGGACCACUCCGGCGCCUGGGUCUCGCUCAGUACGGCCCACCCAGCCAAAUUCAGCUCAGCCGUAGAGAAGGCUUUGGAUAAAGCCACUUUCUCAGACUUCGACUUCCGCCGAGACGUAAUGCCAGAGGAAUUCAAAAAGAUGGAGACCAUGAAACAGAGGAUACACCGAGUCGAUGGUGAAGAUGGCGUGAGGCAGCUGAUAGAAAAGGUUCAGAGGGGAGAUGAUAACGAGAGUCACGAGCAUCCUGCAUCAUUAUAG